UAAAGUAUAGAGUCGUAUACUAAAGUUUUAUGCUUAAAAUAUUUUGCACAAUUUAUCGAUGUUAACAAUUUUCUCGUCGUUCCUGUGGUGAUAAUUGCUUCAGAUGCAUAUGUGAAACGUAAAAGACUAGGCGUCAGGAUGAUACUAUUCUAUGUUGUGGUUGCCUUGGCAGCGUCUGCGAGUUUGGGAGCCAGCCCAGGCUCAUUCAACUGCUACCGUUCCGGACAGGAUUGCACCAACGGCGGCACCUGCCCAAACGGGGUGUGCGAUUGUGGUAAUUACAAACACUACGACUGCUCUGUUACAGACGCAACUGACGGUUCACCAUGCACACCUUCCAGCUGCAACGGCCACGGACUCUGCGUUGGCAACGGGACAGCGGUGACAUGUCACUGCGAAGCCGGUUGGGAACAUGACGCCGACGGCAACUGCACACUUCCUCGAUACAAAGUUUACUGCAGUCACAAUUCCAUGAUAAUCAACGUAAAUCCACACGGUUCGUUUUCCGGCACCGUUUACGAAAUCGGCGACAAGCAGACGACGUGCAUGAUGACGAAAGCGUUCGACGAUGCCGACGUUGUGGCUGCCAUAACCGGAUUGCCAGGACAGAGUAGCAACCCGUUGAAAGGGGGCGUUGUAGCUGUCGUCUAUAAUAAUGGAACGCUUGACGGAACGGAUAACGCAUGCUCAACCGUCGCGUUGACAUCAUUCGAUGAUGGCGAUACCACUACUGACAUGUACACUAUACAGAGGACGUUUAUCGUCCAGUAUCACCCAGACUACAUGAUCAAGGCGGACGAGAAACUGGUAGCAAAGUGUAAGACAGACCUGAAAAACCAACACACGCAAAUAACCAUGGGAUCCAUCACGAACAACCCUGCUACCCAAGAACAAGUGAACGCCGUCACUGUCACUGACACCUUUGGGUCAACCCUGGCCCUCGUAAACACCGACGGGUCCGAUUCGACGACAGAUGGGGCGGUAGGGGAUCAGAAGUGUCUACGUCUACAUAACCCAAGCAUGUCAGUUCACAUAAAGAAGGUUGUUCUGACAAACAAUUUACCUGAGACAGAUAGCAUGUACAGAGAAGUCGCUCUCCUGGAAAACAGCUGCAAAGCAACAUCUUCAGGGAAACUUGGAUCCAUCUGGCAGGGCGUGCCCACACUGGACACAAACAGCAACGUGGUGACCUUCUGUUUCGGCCUGUUCACCAUCAAACCCACCUCCCAGCUGACCAUCAAAGUGUGGAGUAACCUGUGUCCCAACGGAAUAUCCGGAUGUGAAGCGGUUGAUUGUUCUGGAACACAAUCCAAUGGACGUCGCAAACGUGGAAUCGAAAGUGGGACUAUGCAGUACAGCCAAUUAGAGAUACGAGGAAUCGACGUAUAUGGCAAAGGGUCCGCCGAUACCCAGAAAGAACAGACACCGACAAGCACCGAUUGCGUCAUCGACGACCGAAUGUUCGCCACGGUGAUCGCCUUGGCCGUCGUCGUCUUGCUUCUGCUCAUACUGCUGGCGUUCAUGGUGGUACGCGCCUUCACGUCGUCUGCUAGGCAACGGUCCAACUGGCGGGAAGACGAAUUCUCCAACCCGAGCUACUACGACUCGCAAUCGAUUGGAAGCAAGCGAUAAUCCAUCUUUUAUUGAUCGAUGGAUUGAACUUUCACUUUACGACAAGAACUUCAGUUUUAUCCUUCGUUUUAAGUGAAGAUUUUAUAAAUUCUCUGUUAUUAUUUUAUAUAAAGUUUAUUAAUUAGUUUUCAAUGAAUCCAGGGCUGUUUCCGUUACUUCGACUCACAAACACUUGGCAGCAGGCGAUACUCAUCUUUUAUUGAUCGAUGGAUUGAACUUUCACUUUACGACAAGAACUUCAAUUUUUUCUUCUAUUUUAAAAUGAAGAUUUUA